CUUGCAGAAAAUUUCCAAAGACUUGGUGAAGAUAGGAAAACUAUCAGAAAGGCUGUAGCGCUAUUGUACUGUACUCUCUGUUUUUCCAGGAGCUCAGCUGAGGGAGAACUCAGCUGACCUCUAGUUCUUGAUUCUUCUUUGCUCCCUCUCGGCCAACUAAGACUUUAUCUGGAGAACUCUGCUGCCCAGAGCCUACAGUUGUCUGGGCCCCAGAACAAGAGCAUGCAUUUUCAAGUGUCAGUUUGAUAAGUAGAUCAGUGAAGUUUUCCUGAAAGGUAGCCACUUUUGGUGACAUUGUCCAGUUCUCACAAUGUAUCCUUCCUUAUCUGAAACAAGACAUCCUCUGGAGCCAGAGGAACAAGAAGUGGGCAUCGACCCCUUGUCCAGUGACUCCAGCAAGCCGGGAGGAGAUUCAAAUAAAAAUGGAAGAAGAGCAAGUUCUACUUUAGAUUCUGAUGGGACUUUUAAUUCCUAUAGGAAGGAAUGGGAGGAACUCUUCGUAAACAACAACUACUUGGCAACAAUACGGCAGAAGGGGAUUAAUGGGCAGCUGAGAAGCAGCAGGUUCCGCAGCAUUUGCUGGAAGCUCUUUCUUUGUGUUCUUCCUCAAGAUAAAAGUCAGUGGGUAAGCAGAAUUCAAGAAUUAAGAGCAUGGUAUAGCAACGUGAAAGAAAUCCACAUCACAAACCCGAGGAAGGUCGUCGGCCAGCAAGACUUGAUGAUCAAUAACCCCCUGUCACAGGACGAAGGGAGUCUCUGGAACAAAUUCUUCCAGGAUAAAGAACUUCGGUCAAUGAUUGAACAAGAUGUUAAAAGAACGUUUCCUGAAAUGCAGUUUUUCCAACAAGAAAAUGUGAGAAAAAUUCUUACAGAUGUUCUUUUCUGUUAUGCUAGAGAAAACGAGCAGUUGCUUUAUAAACAGGGCAUGCACGAGCUGCUGGCCCCGAUCGUCUUCACCCUGCACUGUGACCACCAGGCCUUCCUUCACGCCAGUGAGUCUGCGCAGCCAAGUGAGGAAAUGAAAACGCUCCUGAACCCUGAGUACCUGGAACAUGAUGCCUAUGCGAUGUUCUCCCAACUUAUGGAAACUGCUGAACCUUGGUUUUCUACUUUUGAGCAUGAUGGUCAAAAGGGGAAGGAGCCCCUGAUGACGCCUAUCCCCUUUGCUCGACCACAGGAUUUGGGGCCAACAAUUGCUAUUGUUACUAAAGUCAACCAGAUCCAGGAUCAUCUGUUGAAGAAGCACGAUAUUGAGCUUUACAUGCACCUGAACAGACUAGAGAUUGCACCACAGAUAUAUGGCUUACGGUGGGUACGGCUGCUGUUUGGACGAGAGUUCCCCCUGCAGGAUCUCCUGGUGGUCUGGGACGCCUUGUUUGCAGAUGGCCUCAGCCUGGGUUUAGUGGAUUAUAUUUUCAUAGCCAUGUUACUCUACAUCCGAGAUGCUCUGAUCUCAAGUAACUACCAGACCUGUCUCGGCCUUCUGAUGCACUACCCACUAAUUGGAGAUGUCCACUCACUGAUUCUUAAAGCUCUGUUCCUUCGAGACCCAAAGAGAAAUCCAAGACCAGUGACUUAUCAAUUCCAUCCAAAUUUAGAUUAUUACAAAGCACGAGGAGCAGACCUCAUGAAUAAAAGCCGAACCAAUGCCAAAGGAGUGAAACAGCAGCAGCAGCAGCAGCAGCAGCAGCAGCAGAGGCUGAUGAAGUCGGAAAGCAUGCCAGUGCAGCUGAACAAAGGCGAUGUAGUUACAGGAAGCGAUGCUCAGGUUUCUGUUCCUGUCCAGACUCUAACUGACCUCCCAGGACAAAGUUCUAAAAACAUCAGUUCAUCUCCAAGCACUGAGAGUUUGCCUGGAGGAAGAGAGUUCACUGGCUCCCCGCCUUCAUCUGCCACUAAAAAGGACUCCUUUUUCAGCAACAUCUCCCGUUCCCGCUCGCACAGCAAAACUAUGGGCAGAAAAGAAUCUGAAGAAGAAUUAGAAGCCCAGAUUUCCUUCCUGCAAGGACAGCUGAAUGACCUGGACGCCAUGUGCAAAUACUGUGCGAAGGUGAUGGACACUCAUCUCGUAAAUAUUCAAGAUGUGAUACUACAAGAAAAUUUGGAAAAAGAAGACCAAAUUCUGGUUUCCCUGGCAGGAUUAAAGCAGAUCAAAGACAUCCUCAAAGGUUCCCUGCGUUUCAACCAGAGCCAGCUGGAGGCUGAAGAGAACGCACAGAUCACCAUCUCAGAUGACCACUACCAAGGGCCUGGGGCCAUCAAGCAGGCCCCUGUGGCUGCGCCAGGGCGCACGGAUGGAGGCGGCAUGGACGACUUCAUCCUCCUCUCCAAGGAAGACGAGGGGGGCAGCCCCAGGGCGCCCCUGUCGGGCCAGGCCCAGCCCCUGCGCCCCAUCCGGAGCUCAGCCCGGCCCACCCUGGUGUUCUCCGACCCACUGACCGGCCCGGCCUCGGCCUCCUCCAGCAACCCCAGCUCCAGCCCCGACGACGACAGCAGCGGUCACAGCAAGGACUCGGGCUUCACCAUCGUGAGCCCCCUGGACCUCUGACGGCCGCCCGGCCACCUCCGCCGCCCAAGGCCCCACCCCGGCCCCCCGGGGGACGUGCCUCUGAAACCCAGCCUCUUCCCAGCGUGCAUGUGGCCUUAGUGCGGCCCCAGGAGCCCUGCAGAGAAAGGCAGGGGGCCAGUGAGCGUGCAGAUGGACAGACCUCCCCCAAAACACAACCAGGGCUUUCCGGCAGUCGCUCACCCCCACCCACCCUCGCUCUGGGGUGGAGCUGGGUCAGGUACCCAGUGUCACACUCAAAAGAGACCAGACCUCAGCAAGAUUCACUCCCCCGUCCCCUCCUCCGCAGCCAGGAAGGGGUCGUCACGCCACCAGGUGUGUCCGGAGGAGGAAGAGGGUAGUUCCAGGUCCUCCCUCCCCCAGCGUCGGGCAGAGGAAAUCUCACUGACAGCAAGAAAACGUUCCCUCUGGAAAUUGAAGCUCUCGGCCUAUGUCAUCCUUCAUUCCUCCCCCAGGAAGCCACACAGCAGAGCCAGAUGCAACCAAAUGGACUAGAACUAGUGGAUUCCAGGAAUGGGCUGGAAGCAGCCUCGCAGGAAGUUACAGUGAUCCUUGGGAACAGGGUCUAAACUUAGGAAUCGUAUUUAGGUGUGAAGUGGCUUAGAGUACUUUCAUGUAUGAAAGAAGAUACUUCCACACCUCAGGCCAGAUCAGCUCUGGCCAUCGCUGCCCCUCCUGAAAUGAUUGCACUUCACCCUUUAGAAUCUUUCACAGCCAGAAAGGAGGUCACUUCACAGCAGUCUUUGCCACACUCAUUUCAAAAGUUGAAAGAAUGUUCCUUCCUUGAAUAGGAAAAUGUGACUCUGACGUUAAGGGAUUAACAUCUUUCAGACGGCCGAUUCUCCGAUAGAGUUUCUGUCGUGUGGGGGCCGUGUCCCCCUGUCAACUGUAAAGGGGGAAACCCAGGCUCAUUCCCACCCAGAGUCGGGAGCUCCCACCGGCCUUACAAGAGUGGGAACAGGGCCUUGGACCUGGGGGACCAGGGCUUCCUCAAGAGCUCUCCGGGUGCCAGGAGGAUGCAGGCUUCUGCAGGAGCCAAGGGUGGGAGCUGCCAGGCACCCCAGGCACCACCCCCGGGGUAGGACCAGGGCUCCUGCACAGAGCAGAGAUUUCCCGUUGGUGGGCAGCUUAAGGAACCGUCAGGGUCAUAAGGCACCACCGGAGCUGUUUCUUCCUGGAGGAGAAGGGCCUGGGAGAAGACACUGUCCCCCUCCUUGCCCGAACAGCUCCUGACCAGGUGACCCAGUGCCCUGUCACCUCCACCGGGGGGACCAGCCAGUGCCCUGGGCUUCUCCUCCCAGGACGGCGAGGACUCUGGGCAGUAAAAGCUCUCGUGGCAACAAGGGAGGAGCUGGGUGUGAAGGAAGAGACCUCCCCACCAUGCCCCUGCCCUGGCUCUGCUCACCGUGGGUUUCUCUGUAGACGUUCAGAGAACCCUCCAAAAAAACAUCAGUGCCUCAAGUCAGCCACUGUGGAGAGAGUUAACUAGCUCUAUAAGUUGGUUUUUUUUCCCCCUUAACAGGGGCCCUGGGGAGCAAACCCAGGACCUCAUGCACACCAAGCACACACUCUGCCCCUGAGCUACAGCCCCAUUCCUUCCAUCUGGCUCUUAACUGGAGCAGGGAAGCCUCCUCCUGACCCAGCGGCUCAGAUGACAGGGCGGUCUGCCUUCCGUCGUGACUGAGGUGCACUGAUGGCUCUCCAGCUCCUGACCCUGAGUGGUCCACUCGGCACCCAGUGGGGAUGACGCCCUGAGUAGGGGGCUGCCACCUACACGGCCCCUGGAUGACACCCGUGAGCUCCCGAGGUCCCCACAUGGCGAGUGGCCCGGCGGCUGUGCAGGACCUGGCAGGAGGCAGGCAGUGUGGAGCUGUCCCCUGACAACUGGGCACGGGGGCGCCAGACCCCCAGCACACCCACAAGGCUCGAGGCUAGUGCUCCUCCCCCGCCAGCGUGCCAGGGCUGGUCCCCCAUCUACGCUUCCACGCCAGUGCCCCCCACCCAGUGAGAACCAGGGGGUCACUCCGAGUGUCACUUCUUGCCCCCUCCCCCCAGGGCCGCUCCCUCCUCAGAGAAAAGAAACCCACAAGGGGGAGUGGGGCGUGGGAGGGGCCCCCUCAAAUUCCCAUAGGUUCAUGGGGUUCAUGAUUGUAUUACUGUCUUAUAUUUUUUUUAAGUGACUUGUUUUUAUUCUUCAGAGUUAAGCACCAUUUGCCUUUUUAUUAGUUACAGUGCUUUUAAAGAAUACGUUUUCCUUCCUUUUUAUUACUUUAUCAAGUAGUUAUGCUUUGUUGCACAUUUUUUAAAAAUCCUGAAUAUAUGAAGCCUUUAAGUUUUUCUUUAACAUAUGUGGUAAUCAUUGGAAGCUUCUCUUGUUUUGAUGUUUAGCAGUUAAAUAUAUUUUCAAGAGGUCAGUCAUAGGUUAAGUCUCAUUGUCUUCCUCUUUUUUUAUACAUGCCCCGAUUCUCCAUUCCUCUCAGAUCUGUUUGGAAAUUUGAGUUAAGAUGGAUCUCUGUAAAUUAUAGUUGCGAGUUACAGAAUCAAGAAAGAAAGUCACUCUAACUUGCCUUACUUUGUGUGUAUGCCAAGGGGUCACGUAACACUUUAAACAGUUAAUUGUGCUGGAUUAUUCUUCCAAAGAUGACCUCCUGCUCAUCUCCCCUGCCAACUGCAGUCUGACAAGAAGUAACAUCUUUGCAGAGUAAAUGUGGCUAAAAGGAAACCAGGACCCCCGUGACCUGCCUUGUCUGCCCACAGCUGAGCUGACUCGUGUGCUCCAGUCCCCGCCACUAACACAAACGAUGCCUCUCCUUUGUCAGAGACGACGAACAAAUGGAAAACUCAGUGACAGUUACGACAGCCUGCCAGAGGUGGCCGCAAUUAUUUUUGUUUUUAUGUUCGUGUUUCUCUAAGAAGUUGCCCCCGGGGGUCACUACGGAACAAGGGUGUGUGGAGGCCCGUGUCCCCGUGUUCUGAGGGGCUGUCCUGGGGCACCUGCGGCCACCCCAUCCCUCCUGCCCCACAGGUGCCUACCUGGCUGCCCAUGGGUCCAGAGCAGGGCCUGGGGAGGCUGUAGGGGAGGCGGGGGUGGAGGCUGGGAGGAGGGAGGAGGAAGCUGAAGCCGGGCUUCCUUCGAACGGGCCAAACCCGCUUCCCAGGUGUUACUUUCAAAAGCUCUCUUUUUAUGGUGUUAAAAAUACAAUGUUCUUGUAAACAGGCUGGAGACCACUUUGAUGUAAAAGCUGUCAUGAUCACACUCCUCCCAGGGGCACAGCUCAUUUGAUUUACGGGAUACGCAGCUGUGCUGUUUCUGUCCGAUCGCUGCUUUUCUCACUCAUCUUUACUCUAUAACUCAUAUUGAUUUAAGAAAUGACUUAUCUCUUGGGCAAAGUGACCCCAUCCUGUAUGAUUAUAAUAAAAGACUUAUUGAAACUGAGAA